AUGAAGAAAGAAGGAAGGGAAAACCCAAAAAGUGCCUCUAAGAUGCCUGACAAGAUUUUCAGUGCAGGAUCACAAUCUACAGCUCUGAAACGAGAAGUGGGACUUGUCAGUUCUGUGUGUCUAAUUGCAGGUACAAUGAUUGGUUCGGGCAUCUUUAUGUCACCUGUAUGGGUGCUGUAUUAUAUGGGCAGCCCGGGUGCCAGUCUUUUAAUCUGGGCUGCUAGUGGUGUGCUGUCUAUGUUGGGGGGUCUCUGCUAUGUAGAACUUGGGUCCAUCAUAAAGGAAUCAGGUGGAAAUUACAUUUAUUUGUUUAGAAAUAUUGGGUCAUUUCCUGCUUUUCUUUACAUCUAUACAACAUUAAUUUUGACUGGGCCCUCAGAGACAGCAGCUGUUGCAUUAAGCUUUGCGAGGUAUGUGGUUGUACCAUUUUAUGUGGGCUGUGCUCCACCUCAGGUGGUAGUAAAAUGUGUGGCUGCCAUCUGCAUCAUAGUGGUAAACAUUAUUAAUUGCUUUAACGUGAAACUGGCCACAUCUACACAGAAUGUCUUCACUGCAGCCAAAAUUCUAGCAUUGUGUCUCAUUCUUGUUGGUGGAGUGGUUGUGUUAAUAAGUGGUCAAACAGAGAAUCUUCAGAAUGCCUUUCAAAAUACAGCUGUUGGUUUUGGCCCGGUAGGGCUUGCCUUCUACCAGGCUCUGUGGGCCUAUGACGGAUGGAAUAUGCUAAACAAUGUGACUGAAGAAGUGAAACGUCCUGAGAAAACACUUCCAAGAGCCAUAUUGAUUGCAGUUCCAAUGGUCACUUUCCUGUACGUGAUGGUCAAUGUCAGCUACUUUGCUGUGAUGACAACAAACGAAUUUUUGAUAUCAGGUGCUGCUGCUGUUACCUGGGGGAGGAAAAUUUUAGGUAUAUGGAUGUGGGUGAUUCCAGUGUCAGUUGCCAUGUCCACAUUUGGAACAUUAAAUGGUGGUACAUUUAUGGGAGGACGUAUAUGUUAUGUGGCAGCAAGAGAAGGUCACCUGCCACAUCUUCUUUCCAUGGUGCAUGUGAAACGUCUCAUACCAUCUCCUUCACUGAUAUUCAAAGCAGUUCUAGCUUUGUGCAUGAUUAUACCAGGAGACUUCGUGAGCAUUGUGAAUUAUUGCAGCUUUACAACAUGGCUGUCCACUGGUUUAACUAUUGCUGGUUUACUGAAGAUAAAGAUAAUGCAACCUGACCAUCCUCAUUCAUAUAAGGUUCCUAUCAUAGUUCCAGUCAUUUUACUCAUUGCAUCAGUCUAUCUGGUAUUGGCACCAAUCAUUGAAAACCCACAGAUUGAAUAUUUAUAUGCUGUUCUUUGUAUUCUUAGUGGUAUCUUUCUAUAUAUUCCACUGAUACACUUAAAAUUUGUCCCAAAUGUUCUGUCUAAAAUUACUCUGCAUUUACAGCUUUUAAUGCAAGUUGCUCCUGCUGCAAAAAACAUUGACUAA